UCCACCUGGGGUGCUCCUGCAGAGGCCUGCCCAGGGCGGGGAGCGCGUGGCCGCGAUCGCCGCGGGUCUGCGGAGCCUGGGUGCCCUCCGAGGAUGCAAAAGGCCCACGCGGCCCUGCUGCCGCCUCGGGAUGUCGGGGACAGCGUGGAGACCCUUAUGCUGCAUCCGGUGAUCAAAGCUUUCCUCUGCGGCGCCGUCAGUGGCACCUGCUCUACCCUCCUUUUCCAGCCUCUAGAUCUCCUCAAAACGCGUCUGCAGACCGUGCAGCCCUCUGCCGAUGGAUCCAGACGCGUUGGGAUGUUGGCUCUGCUCCUGAAUGUGGUUCGCACAGAGAGUCUUUGGGGCCUUUGGAAGGGGAUGGCCCCAUCCAUUGUGAGGUGUGUGCCCGGCGUGGGCAUCUAUUUCGGGACCCUCUACUCCUCCAAGCAGUACCUGCUCCGAGGCCACCCCCCCACUGCCCUGGAGUCGGUCGUGUUAGGUAUGGGCUCUCGCUCUGUCGCAGGAGUCUGCAUGUCCCCCAUCACAGUGAUAAAGACUCGCUAUGAGAGUGGGAGGUAUGGCUACAGGAGCAUCUACGCAGCCCUGAGGACCAUCUACCACCGCGAGGGCCACCGAGGCCUCUUCAGUGGCCUCACGGCCACGCUCCUCCGUGACGCUCCCUUUUCCGGAAUCUACCUGAUGUUUUACAACCAGACCAAAAGCAUCGUGUCCCAGGACCAGUUGGAUGUGACCCUUAUUCCUAUUGUGAACUUCGGCUGUGGCAUCCUGGCUGGCAUUCUGGCCUCCUUGGUGACUCAGCCUGCCGAUGUCAUUAAGACGCACAUGCAGCUCUCCCCAGGGAAGUUUCGGUGGAUCGGGCAGGCAGUGAUGUUCAUUUUCAAAGACUACGGGCCACGUGGCUUCUUCCAGGGUGGCGUUCCCCGGGCCCUCCGCCGAACUCUGAUGGCAGCCAUGGCCUGGACUGUGUACGAAGAGAUGAUGGCCAAGAUGGGCCUCAAGUCCUGAGGCAGGAGAGGCCCGGGAACGGAUGGAAUCCUUUGUCCUGCCUGGGCUCCCCAUGCUGGAUGGAGUCAGGCGGAGUCCUACCUGGAGAGCCUGGCACUUAGGUGACCUUCAGCGACCCGUUCAAGUAGGGAAUCGAUGGGUCUGAGUCAGGCCUUUGGAAUCUCCCCAAAGAUCACAUAAACACGAGCACAUUGGGGAGCUGGGAGUGUGGCGAGGGCUUUGCCCAGCCUGCAAGGCAUUUCGAGAGAGAGCUCUGUGGGGUGGUAUCCUGGCAUCCCUCUGGAGGGAGGCAUUCCAAACUCAGGGAAAUUGUGCCAGGCGCUUCCGUUGGAGAAGUAAGAGCUUUCGAGGAGGAAUUGUUGCUACCAGGCAACGAUUGGUCUUAGGGGCAGAAGGAAGAGAUGGCAUCGCUUCAUUGGCUCUUAAUAAACUCAGACAAUUUGGCAAA